ACAAAAAAAAAAAAAGACAGUAGAGGCAGAGGGAAAUAAAAUAAGCUUGGAGAAGAAGGCAAUGUCCGGAGGCGAAAUAAGCUCUAGCAGCUGAUCCCAUGGAUUUUUGCUUGAAAGGAACCAUUUUCCCGAGAAACCCAUGAGACCGUUUUCCCAAGCACACGAUGCCCAUUUCUCGGUUUCCUUUCUUUUCCUCCAAACGCCGCUCUAGUGAGGCUUUCAGUCUACUUCGAAGGUUUGGUCCAUCGAAGAGGAUUCAGUCAUGUAACUAUGGUAAAUCAUCAAGAAAUGGUAAUGGAAAGCCAGAGAGUAAUCCUUUAGUGAAUGUAGAUAUACAAGCUCCUCGAUCUUGGGGUACUUAUGUCAUUCCAGGUGCUCUACUAGGUUUUGUUGGUCUGGCUGCUAUAUUUCAUUAUAAUGACGAGAGAAGAGCAAUUCCAAAAGGGCAGGGUAACAAGUCUAGUGGAAAUUUUGUCAAGGGUCCUAUAAUUGGUGGCCCAUUCACUUUAAUAGAUACAGAGAAUCAGACAAUUACUGAGAGGAACCUUCGCGGAAAAUGGGUUCUCCUUUACUUUGGAUAUACAUCUUCUCCUGAUGUAGGCCCGGAGCAAGUCCAGGUUAUGGCCAAGGCCAUAGAUAAACUAGAGGCAAAACACACUAUUAAGGUCCUACCGGUGUUUGUUACAAUCGACCCUCAGCGUGAUACACCAUCGCAACUCCGUGCUUACCUUAAAGAAUUUGACCCGAGAAUCACAGGUUUAACUGGACCUGUUUCAGCUGUAAGGCAGAUGGCACAAGAGCACCGCAUUUAUUUUAAGAAGGUUGAAGAGGAGGGGGAUGAUUAUCUUGUGGAAUCUUCUCACAACAUGUAUCUUUUGAAUCCGAACAUGGAAAUUGUGAGAUGCUUCGGAGUAGAGUAUAAUGAGGAUGAACUAGCGGAUGCAGUAUUAAAGGAACUGAAGAGAACCCAAAAUUAGUGUCCAACUCUGGUAUGGUAGCGUAGCGUUAUAUGUUGCCAAUCUUUUUUGCGGCACAAUAUAAAUCUUACGUUUUCCAUUCAAACGCAACGUGGAAUUCAUGGCAUUGAAUUUUGCUUAUGAUUAAAGCACCGUUUCAUUUGCCUUUUCCAAGCAAAAAAGAAAAGAAAAACGUGAUAAUUGGACAAGUGUGAUAAUAAUGGACUCCCCUUUUUUCAGAAGCCACCAAAGGGUUGUGAUUAUGAAAUUUUAACGCAUCUCCAAGAUAUUUCCCACAUCAAACUUGUCCAACUUUUGAAAUUAGCCAAACUUGUCCAACUUUUGAAAUUAUUCUUCUCCUAAAAAACCAUCAAACUUGUCCAACUUUUGAAAUUAUCCUUCUCCUAAAAAACCAUACUUUUUUACUUGUUUUUCUAGACUAAAGGGGACAGAAAGGACAUUUCCGUCUCAAAGAAAUGUUAAAGGUACUUGGAUGAAUCAUUUUUGGAUUUGAUAUUAUCCCAAUAGAAAUAUAGAAUUAUCAUAAUAUGCAUGUGCGUAUUUGAUAAAGUUUUGAAAACCACAAGAUAUCAUAAUAAUUUACUUUAAU